AUGACGACGCCUAACGUUCUCGCGUUCGAGCCUAACGGUCGCCCCAUAGAGUUCGCUGUGUGGUUAGAUGAUCUCCAACUGUUCCUCCUGGCCGAGGCCAAAGAGGGCGUUUCACUGUUCGAUUACGUGUCUGGCACUGCCGUUGCUCCUACUGCCGAUGCUCCUGCUCUCGAACGCUCGCAGUGGCAGACUCGUGAUGCUGCCGUACGCCUAGCUAUUAGGAAACAUCUGCCGAUUGCUGAGCGCACGCAUUUCAGACAGCACAAAACUGCUAAGACUCUGUACGACGCUGUAGUUGCGCGCUACUCCUCCCCGGCCACUGCAGCCAUAGUCAGGGACCACUACCUCGCGCUAGACCCCCCCACUCUCACUGUCGACGACUUCGAGAAGCAUCUCCUCGCAGCAGAGAAGAACAUCCUCGCUGUAGGUGCUGCUCGUGGCACUCCUCGCUCUCCCCUCUUUGAGGGGUGCUCCCCCUCCCCUCUCACCCCCUCCUAUGCCUCCGCAGCUGCUGCUUACGACUACCUUGGUGCUGAGGAGGUCGGGGCUGCUUCUGCUCCUAGUGGGAAGCGUCGCAGCGGCAGGGGAGGCAAGGGUGGCAGGGGAGGUGGGGGUGGCAGUGGAGGUGGCGGUGGUGCAGGCGGCGGGGGAGGUAGAGGUGGUGGAGGUGGUCGUGGGGGUGGAGGUGGUGGAGGUGGUGGUGGGGGCGGCGGAGGCACUGGGAGUGGUGGAGGUGGUAGCAGCGGCGGUGGGGGAGGAGGGAGCGGCGGUGGGGGAGGAGGGAGCGGUGGUGGCAGUGGUGGUCAGGGCCAGCAGCAGUCGCAGCCGCUGCAGCAGCAGCGUCAGCGCCAGACCCCCACUUCCCAGCAGCUUCUUGACUG